AAUGACUGUACUUUUUCCCCACAAAGGUGACAGCAGCCAUGUAUCAGCGUGUUUUGUUGUUUUACAACAGCUACAUCAAACAUUACCUGUUUCCUCAAGUUGAGGAGUCCAACGAAGGAUAUCAGAACCAUCACAAGAAGAAAAUUCAAAUAGCAGGUCAGGCUAUUCAGAACACGGCACUGCCACUGGAUAUAAGAGUGCAGGGAGUCCACAACAUUGGAUUACUGGCAUACACCGGUAGCUAUGGAGUUGCGAUGUGCGUUGCAGAGUACAUGCCCACCAUUGUUGACUUCCUGCGAUCUCCAGACAUAUCAGAUGAUCAAAGGAUCAGGGUACUAGAGAGCCUGACAGGAAUGUGUUACAUGCAUCUGAGCAACCAGCACCAAGCCUGCAUCCUUGGCCUGUACCACCUCUUGCCGGAGCUGAUGGAUCCAGCUAGUCCCCUGUCCACCAGAGCCAAACUGUGGAGCUGCUACCUCCUCAACACCCUGUGCUACAACAACGUCCCAGCGAUCCGCAAACUCAUGAGCUCACAGAGCCUCAGGGGGAGCCUUGAGGUCCUGGAGGGAGAAGACUGGUUUGGUUGGCCCAAGAACCAUGCCCAGGAACUGCUUUGCAUUCUCGGGUUCUGGCCAGCACAAAUGAUCAAGAUCCCAGAAAACAAAAGCAGUUGAGAUACAAAAAGGUGGCUCCCAGAGAACACCUUCAAAUGUUAAAAAGAAAUGCAUCUUUAAAUAAAGUGUUUAUUUCAAACAAUCUAC